UCAUAACCACUCAUUCUAGUUAUUCCCUCCCAUUCCAAUUCGCAUGUUCUCGGAGCUUCGGCUCCAUUAACGGAGCCCCGCAAAUAACAACCGUUUUUUUUCUUUGAUCGUGAAAAUGUCGAAACCGUGGGGCAAAAUCGGCGCGUGGGCCGCAGACGCCGAGCAGGCCGAAGCGGAGGAGCGUGAAGCUCAGCGCGAAGCCCGGAACUUCCCGAGCCUGAAGGAGGCUGUGACUGUGAGUGCAAAGCCCAAGGUGAAGAAGAAGAUGUCGCUCAUGGAGUUCACCGCCGCGACGGAAUAUUCGAGCUCGACGCCGGACGAGAUGCGCCGUCUUCCGACGGGGCCGAAGGAGCGUUCCUCCGACGAAAUGCAGUUCAACCGUCUCGGCGGUGGCUUCUCCUCCUACGGCGGCGGCGCCCGGUCCGGUCCUCCGCCGCGUGACAAUGAUGGUUCGUGGGGCGGAGGAGGAAGAAGAUCCUAUGGUGGAUUUGAUGAAGAACGCAGAGGUGGACCUCCUCCUUCUAGGGUUUCUGAUUUUGAUCAACCUUCGAGAGCUGACGAGGUUGAUAAUUGGGCUUCGGUGAAGAAAUCUCUUCCGGUUUUCGAUUCGGGUCGGCAAAAUCGUUACGGGUCAGGGUCGCUCGGUGGUGGGUCAGGGUCUAGGGCUGAUGGGGUGGAUAAUUGGGGGCUUGGUAAGAAGCCUAUUCCUGCAAGAUCUUCUACAUUUGGUUCCGGGUUUCGUGAUUCGGGUUCGGAGCCUGAUCGCUGGACCCGGUUUGAGCGUGACAGUGAUAGGGAGCGACCCAGAUUGGAAUUGGAUCCUCCGAGAGGAGAGGUUUCGGUGGUGGUGAAGCCAAAUCCAUUUGGCGCGGCGAGGCCAAGGGAGGAAGUUUUGGCUGAUAAGGGAUUGGAUUGGAAGAAGGUUGAGUCGGAAAUUGAAACUAAGAAAACGAGUAGGCCUUCGAGUUCACACUCUAGUAGGCCCUCCAGUGCUCAAUCUAGUCAUUCUGAGGGUGCACCUGAAACUGUGGUGAAAGCAAGACCAAAGGUGAAUCCCUUUGGGGAUGCAAAACCUAGGGAAGUUUUGCUUGAGGAGCGAGGUAAGGAUUGGAGGAAGAUUGAUCUUGAAUUGGAGCAUCGCCGUGUUGAUAGGCCAGAAACAGUGGAGGAAAAAUUGUUGAAGGAAGAAAUUGAUAAUUUGAAGAAAGAAAUUGAGAAAGACUCCACAACAAAUUCAAAUAAGGAAUCUAUGGAUGAGACCGGUGGAGACCAAACCAGUACACGUGCAAUGUUACUUCAGAAAGAAAGGGAACUGGAAAUUCUUAUCCGUGAUUUGGAUGACAAAGUUCGAUUUGGGCAAAAAGCCAUUGAAAGGCCAGGCUCUGCUGCAGGAAAGACUACUGGUUUUCCUGAUAGGCCACCUUCUGAAUCUGGCUCAUUUGAGGAUUCUAGAAGAGUGGAGUUUGCAGACAGACCUCGAUCCCGUGGCGCAGGAGAUACUUGGAUGCGUCCUGGUGAUGACAAAAGACCAUCUCAAGGUAGCAGGGAUAGACGAGGGUUUCUGAGUAGCAGAGACAUGAAUAGGUCAAGGUCAAGAGAGAGAUGGUGAAGAGCAGUUUUGUGUUAAGAGUCAUCUUCAACUUUUGAUGACCAAAACUUAAUACUAUUUUGUCCUCUUGUCUUUUCUAAUCGUUUUGUUCAUUUUACUCCAGGAAUUGGUGAAAGAAUCAUUGAGUACUGGCACUAAGACUUUUGCCUCAUGUAUUGUUACAUCUUGAAACAUUGUAAAUUUGUUCCCCCCCUCCGGUGGUAAAUUUUUGGGUGUCUGAUUGAUUGAAGGCAGGAGCCUGUAAUUUAAUUAGGACUGAACUUUUAUUGAAGAUCAUGGAACUCGGUAGUUAAUGUGAUAUAUUCUA